AUGGCAAAUACAAAGAAACCUAAGGCUAGAAGUUACAAAUGCUCUCUUGAAGGCUGCGAAAAGGAGUACAACAGGCCAAGUUUGCUUCAACAGCACCAGAAUUCGCAUACUAACCAAAAGCCAUAUCGUUGCGAUGAGCCCAGCUGUGGUAAGAAAUUCAUCAGACCAUGUCAUCUGAGGGUCCACAAAUGGACGCACUCGCAAAUUAAGCCUAAACCAUGCCCACUAUGCGAAAAAAGAUUUGUUACGAACCAACAAUUAAAAAGACAUCUAGGUAGCCAUGAAAGAAAAAAUAAGCUUGCAUCAAAAAUCAACGAUAAGAACGAAGAACCGAAUCCUGGUAUAAGUGCAAACUCCAAAGGCAGCAAAUCAAGUCUAGACCCGUCGUUGCCUCCCCUACACGAUGAGGCAUUACUGCAAGAUCAUUUGCCUGGAUUUGAUGACAUGCAAGUGCUACAAUGUCCAUACAAAUCGUGUCAGAGGGUUACCAGCUUCAGCGACGAUCUGGUCAACCAUAUGUUGCAACAGCAUAUAACAAGUAAGCUUACUGUGCCAUAUGAAGAGCUGCCUCUCGGAAAACCACUUUCGAUAUCGGCGAAGUCAAGCAGCACAGACAUUACGUCUAUUCCACAGCUUUCACUUAGCAUCGAUGGGACGUCCAGUAGUGAUAGCGGCCACAGCACUGUGUUACAAAGUCCAGAGGAUCCGGAGAGCUACUGGUCCGACAACCGGUGCAAGCAUACCGAUUGCCAGGACCUUAGUCCAUUGACGUCUGUAUUUGACCUAAUCGACCACUACGAUCACACACAUGCGUUCAUUCCUGAAACGCUGGUCAAGUACAGCUACAUUCAUCUAUAUAAGCCUAAUGUCUGGGGCCUAUUCGAAUAUUAA